CGAGCCUCCUCGGAGGCAUCAUACGUAUUAUUGGAACCCGGGCUUUUUCUAUUGAGUUGAUUUUACCCAAUUGACAACCUAAAGCUGUCAGUUCGACUGGAAUUUUUUGCCUUUCGAGAGUCUGGAUUCAGAAACCGAUCACUAGGUAGACGCUCCCAGAAUAUACCCACCGUUCUGACUCGCUAAGCUUUGAGAUAGAAUUGGCACUCAGUGGUGUCUGAGAUUUGCAUUCACUAUACCCACAGGAUUCUAUUGUUUCUGGGUACAGACUUCGACUGUUUCCGAACUGCUGGACAGUUGAUUCUGGCCUUGACCUACACUUUUGAGGGACUCAUUGUAGUAGAGACUUAGAAUUAUGGAGCCAAUGCACCCGUACACGAAGGAGCUCGAGAUUGCUUGUCUAACGGUGCAAAGAGCUACCCUUUUGACGAAAAAGGUGCUCGACGCGGUCGACAAAGGGGCCUUGGACAAAAGCGACUCGAGCCCUGUGACCAUUGCUGACUUUGCUGCCCAAGCAUUGAUCAUUGGGGCAAUCCAUCGGGCCUUCCCCGACGAUGACAUUGUGGGUGAAGAAGACUCCAAGGCUCUUCGGGGGAACGAGGCCUUGCUUGAGCGUACGUGGGAACUCGUCUCCUCCAUUCAUCUUGACGAUGAGAUGAGUGAAGCGCUCCUUUACUCCCCGAAGAGCAAGGAGGAGAUGCUUGAUUUAAUUGAUUUGGGUGCCCGCGGCAGCUGUAGCCGGGAGAACCGUUCGUGGGUUUUGGACCCGGUGGAUGGCACCGCAACGUUCAUCAAUGGACAGCAGUACGCGGUCUGCCUGGCACUCGUAGAGAACGGGGUCCAAAGGCUCGGCGUCUUGGGGGGACCGAAUCUCAACCUUGAAACGGGCCGCAUGCACGAGGAUAUUGUGGACCGGGAUGGGUUUGGGUAUCAACUCUUCGCCGUUGCCGGUCACGGUGCAUUCAUGCGGAAGAUGGGGACCGGGACCCUCUUGCCGGCUAAUCGCAUUGAUGCCAAGCCUCAGAUUACCGACCCUAAGGAUCUUGACUUCGUGGAUUGCGUGGCGGCCACCUCCUCGAACAUUGUGGCGCAUGAACGCCUUGCGUCCCACCUGGGUGCGCCGUGGCCACACACGACGGAUCUUUGGGCGGCCCAGCUGCGAUAUGUCGCCAUUGCGGUCGGUGGCUGCAAUACAUUGAUCAAGAUCCCACGCAACGCAUCGUAUCGAUCGAAAAUGUGGGAUCAUGCAGGGGGGAUGUUGAUCGUGCAGGAGCUAGGCUGUAUCGUCAGCGACCUUGCCGGCAAUCCGGUGGACUGCGGCCUAGGCAGGACCCUGGCCGGUUGUUAUGGAAUGAUAGUGGCGCCGGCCUCCAUCCACGGACGGCUGGUUGAAGCCGUAAAGCAGAUUAUGUAGAAAGAAUAUUUGAUUCCCUAAGGAGUUUACGUUGGGGCUAUUAUGUUUGCACUUUUCUUAAUUUCUAUUUCUUAUUGCAUCAAGUUACAGUAUGACGGUGUAGAAAAAAUUUUUUAUUGGUUUUGGGACGCGCAGAAAAGUUUGCUAGUACGAGUAUAAAUCACUAGAUGAGGGAGAGAGCAUGACGGGUCAUAUUUAUCACCACAUUUGGAAAGUAGAGAUCGACUGAGGUGGGGUUUU